AUGCACCGUUUGGUCCAUAUCUGGCCCCGCGUGGUCUUGGCUGCUUGCCUGGUGGUGGGACUCUACGGCAGUGUCGUGUCUGCACGAGGCUUCGUUACCAACCAGUUACGGGAAUACUUUGUGGCUGCCGUGGAGAUUGAGUGGGACUAUGCUCCAUCGGGGAGAAAUCUCAUCAAGAACACUGACAUCCACGAGGGAAGUUAUGAGGCAGACUUUCUCCUUAACGGAACCCACCGCAUUGGACGCAAAUACAAGAAGGCUGUGUACAAGCAGUACACAGACGCUACUUACACAGAGGAGAUUGCCAAACCGGAAUGGCUUGGUUUCCUGGGCCCGAUACUCUACGCGGAGGUGGGCGACACCAUGUUUGUCCACUUCAAGAAUAUGGCUAGCAGACCUUACACCAUGCAUCCACAUGGCAUGAAGUAUGAAAAGGACUCUGAAGGUGCGAGGUACGAAGACGGGACAACAGGCAAAGACAAGAAUGAUGAGGACAUACAACCAGGCCAGACACACCGCUUCAAAUGGAUUGCCAAUGAAGCUGCUGGUCCGGCAGACCAGAAUGAGAAUUGUCGGCCUUGGCCCUACCACUCACACAUCUCUACACCUCAUGACACCAACACUGGCCUGAUUGGUGCACUGAUGAUCUGCAAAGAUGGGAUCCUGGAUGAAAGUGGCAGACGAACAGAUGUUGACAAGGAAUUUCUCAUCAUGUUCAGCAUUGUGGAUGAGAACCUUAGCUACUUGCUCAGUGAGAACAUUGAAACUUACAUCGGCAGGACAGAUUUUGAUCAAGAAAGCGACGACUUUGUCCGCAGCAACCAAAUGGAUAGCGUCAAUGGUUAUCUCUAUGGCAACCUGCCUGGUCUUGAAGUCUGCGUUGGGGACAAGGUUGAUUGGCACGUUACGGCAUUUGGCACCGAGGCUGACAUUCAUACUAUCUAUUUCCAUGGCAACGUACUUGAAUAUCAAGGUCGUCGUCGAGACUCCCUUAGUCUCACUCCAGCCGUUUUGAUGAGUGCCAUCAUGGUAGCUGAGAACCAAGGAACUUGGCUGCUAACCUCCGCCUCCAGCACCCACUUCAAGGACGGUGCACAGGCUCUGUACUCCGUCUCCACGGAAUCUUGUAGGCAACCACCUGAAGUCGACCCGUCCACAGGCCGACGGGAAUACUUCAUAGCAGCAGAGGAAGUUAACUGGGACUAUGCACCUUUCACUAGGACACACAGCGAUGGUACUAGCUUCACCAAUGAAACAAGCACUUCCUACCCCUUCUUCACCAAGGACGACAAUCGAAUCGGUGGGAUGUACAAGAAAGCCAAGUUUGUGGGCUAUACUGAUGCCACGUUCAGUAGUCCUUCCCCCUUCAAUGACAGCAUGGGCAUUCUGGGACCAGUUAUCAGAGGUGAGGUUGGAGACGAGAUCAGGGUGACGUUGAGGAACAACUUGAAUAGUCACAACAUCAGUCUGCAGCCCCAUGGCGUCAGAUACAACAAAGCUAACGAGGGACAGGCAUACAAUGAUGGCACAUCAGCGGCGGAUCACUUUGAUGAGAUGGUCAUCCCUGGUUCUUCCUACACGUACUCCUGGUCCAUACCUGAAUCCGUCGGUCCUACCAGCCUGGAUCCAGACUGCAUUACUUGGAUCUACACGUCGGCUGUAGACCCAGAAGCUGACGUCUUUGCUGGUUUGGUCGGCCCGUUAUUGGUCUGUAAGAAGGGAAGCCUCAACAGCACCACAGGCAAACAGCUCGGAGUAGACCAAGAGUUCUUUCUUCUUUUCACAACAUUUGAUGAAAAUCUCAGCUGGCUCAUCGAUGAAAGUAUUGCUGAGUACUCGGCCAAUCCUGGGGCAGUUGACAAGAAUGACGAGGACUUUGUGACAUCCAAUCAGAUGGCUUCCAUCAAUGGUUACUCCUAUGGCAAUCUUCCUGGCCUGAUGAUGACCGUCGGUGAUCGUGUCUCAUGGCAUCUGAUGGCAGUGGGCAAGUUCAGUGAUGAGCACGCCGUUUCGUUCCAGAGUCAGACCCUUACACAUAAUUCGGGUCGCAAAGCAUCGGUGUCGGUCUUCCCCGGUGUGUCAGAGACCGUGAUCAUGGAUGCUGAUAUUCAUGGUACUUUUGAAAUUGAGUGCGAAACCAAUUCUCACUUUGUUAAUGGCAUGGAGGGAUAUUUUACCGUCGCCCCUGUGGAAAACACAACAGAACCAGGAGAUGGCCCAGGGGCAGACCGGACUUACUACAUUGGUAUUGUGGAACGGUACUGGGACUAUGUACCAGUCAAAUGGGACCCUGUACGAAGUGAAAAUUUGACUGAUCCAGACAGUACUGGCUUUGUGUUUGUUCACCAAGGAGACCAUUCUAUCGGCUCACGAUACAAAAAAGCCCUGUACAGAGAGUUCACAGAUGAGACUUUCAGUACAGAGAAGGAACGUACCGGUCCCGAUGCUCACCUGGGAGUCCAGGGUCCCUUGUUGCAUAUGGAGGUGGGCGAGAAUGUAGCCGUCGUGCUCAAGAAUAUGGCAAGUCGGCGGUAUGCUCUAGAGCCACAUGGUGUGCUGGUACAUGAAGUUGACGACUCUGUUGAUAAUGAUGAUGAAGAAGGUGUAGGAGCGGGUAGUACCAAAAUCUAUCGUUGGAGAGUCCCUGAACGUGCUGGACCAACGGCCACAGAUCCAAACUGUGUGGUGUAUGCUUACUACUCCAACAUUGACAAAGAGCAGGACAGCAACUCGGGGCUCGUUGGCCCGAUGGUAGUCUGUCGACCAGGCACUCUGGGAGAGGAUGGUCGCCGGCGCGACGUGGACCGGGAGUUUGCCCUUCUCUUCACCGUCUCGGAUGAGAACAAGAGCUGGUACCUGGAGGAGAAUAUUGCAGAAUUCUGCGGGAAGCCUGAGGAAGUGGAUAGAGAAGACGGGGAUUUUGAGGAAAGCAACCUGAUGCAUGGAAUCAAUGGUUUCCUCUUCCACAACCUCCAUCACCUGGACAUGUCCAAAGAUGACACAGUGGAAUGGUACCUGCUGGGCAUUGGGGAUGAGGUUGAUGUCCACUCUGUCCACUUCCAUGGUCAAACCGUCACUUACAGGACCGGUCUUGUUCAUAGGAUUGACGUCUUUGAACUCUUUGCUGGUGUGUAUGGCUCAGUGCAGAUGUAUGCAGACAACCCUGGCAAUUGGCUCAUGCAUUGUCAUGUAAACGAUCACAUACUUGGAGGCAUGGAGGCAUCCUAUACUGUGCUGGGAGACCCCACAACACCCAAGCCCCAGCCCCCACCAACCACCCCUGCCUCUGCAUGCUGCAUAGCUAGCUCCGUCAUGAUUGUGGUGAUAGGGGUCAUCAUGGCCAGGAAAUUUAACUAGGAUUUAAAGGGCACGCACCUGAGCAAUUGAAGCUGAGAUAACAUUGCCACUAGGUCACAAAGUGUUCUUGGAUGUGCUUUUACAAUGUUUUUUUAAAUAUAUUUUUUUGUGACUCGAUCUUGUCUGCAAGAAUAAACAAUUGAACUUCUGAUAUGCCAAAAUACUGAGAACAUGAUGUUAAUAAGGGAAUAAAUGUGUGCUGAGUGGGAGGUGUUAAACACUAUGUUUAAGACUGGUUGGAGUCUGGAAUGCUGAUAAUUACCCGAGCCGAAGGCGAGGGUAAUUAUCAGCAUCUAGACUCCAACUGGUCUUAAACAUAGUGUUAAAUAUCGACCAAACACAUAUUUUAUUCCCUGUUCAUCAAUACCUUUUCAGUCAAAAACCAAAACUUUUCUGUCCAAAAAUCAAAACAAGUCAAAAAUUAAAAACUUUCAAUGAUUUUGUUCAACAAUUUUACUUCAUGUUUUUCGAAACACCCCUGUAGCUUUAUGAUGGAGUGACCAUGCUCACGAGUAAGACAUAAACAAUUCCUAUAAUGGAGAUUGGUACGUGCGUCACAUGUACUGCAUGAUGACGCGCUGAUGCAGCUGUGGUGAGUGCGUUGUGAAUUUAGGACUAUGAAAUACUGACUCACUGGUAGUAUUGCGCAUGCCUACGUGAGGAUUGUGAAUGUUCAACCAAUAAGACGACUUGUUUGGUUUUGUGGAUACAUCAAUGAGUUUAUAUAAUGUGAUAUAGUGUGUUGUCCUAGCAAUUUUGGCAACUGAGGCCUAGCCACUGGAACUUCUAGAAAGUAUUGAAGAUACAUGUUGCAUGUUGUAGAACUCUACAAUAUCAGUUAUACUCAGAUAUCAAAUAUGUUUGUAUAUCGUUUUUCACAUUUGUAGUAUUUUU